UUUACGCAACCUGGCAACAUUCCCCAACCCCUCAGCGCUCAUUGCGUACGCAUGUUGCGUAGCUCAGCCGCACACACACAGACAUCAUGGCGGACGUGUUGGACCUUCAUGAAGCGGGAGGCGAGGACUUUCCUAUGGAUGAGGAUGGCGAUGAAAGCAUCCACAAGUUGAAAGAGAAGGCGAAGAAGAGGAAAGGAAGGGGCUUUGGCUCAGAGGAAGGAGCCCGGUCCAGAAUCAAAGAGGACUACGACACUGUGGAACAAGAUGGGGAUGAGCCAGGCCCUCAGAGAUCUGUAGAGGGCUGGAUCCUUUUUGUGACCGGGGUUCACGAGGAGGCCACAGAGGAGGACAUCCAUGACAAGUUUGCAGAGUUUGGAGAAAUCAAGAACUUGCAUCUGAACCUUGACCGCAGGACAGGCUACCUUAAGGGUUAUGCGCUGGUGGAGUAUGAGACUUACAAAGAGGCCCAGGCAGCCAUGGAGGGGCUGAAUGGUCAGGACCUCAUGGGCCAGCCCAUUAGUGUCGACUGGGGAUUCGUCAGAGGGCCCCCCAAGAAUAAGAGGAGGGGCGGCGGAAGGAGACGCAGCAGAAGUCCGGACAGGAGACGCCGUUGAUGUUGCCGUUUGUCAUCGUUCUGUCGACCAGAGGAGUUGCCUGUCCCUUUUUACAGGCAGCUUCUAAAGUCUCAUCUUCCCACAAUUACUUACAGCUAAUUACAAUGUUUCUUUCCUUGUGUUUGAUUAACAGGUGUAGGGUGUCAGGUUGUGAAAUGUCAGGAAUUUAGACAGAGAAUUUUUUUUUUUUUUUUUUUUUUUCGCAUUGCAGAUGGUGCUUUUGAAUACAACAAAAGGACAUCCAUUCAGCUCUGUCAGGGAAACUUUGAUUUUCCUUUGAGCACCCAUUGUUUUUAAGUAGUGCUUAUGUCUGGUUUUCUUAUGAUUCCCUCUAUUUUGGUUCAAGUUUUCCCAUGUUAUGUGCGUUUUAUGAUACUGCAGUGUCUUGUUUUGUAUCACUUGAGGAAAAUUAAACUUUUUAAAAUGGA